ACAGGUUUGAAGUGUUGUCUGCAUUUCAAUGAGUUACUCAUUUGACUUGGUAAUUUUACGCAAAAUUCUGUCAGCGAUCAUAUCAAUGCGCUCAACAAAGCAAACGUGUGGGGGGUUUUGAAUAAUGAGUAUUCAUGCGAAGAUCAACAUGUCGUGGCGACAAAAUGUUAUUUAACAGCCUAGUAAGGCCUUUUUAACAUGGAAGAAGGUUCAAAAAAAAGUGACAUAAUGGAACAGAAGGAGGAACAGUUUCCUAUGACAGAAAGAAGGAGCCAAACAGACAAUGAUGACCAGCAAGAUAUUAAAGACACAUUAAUGCAAAACUUAGUGGACUCAACUAAUCAGUUCAGUUGGGAAGAUCAGGGCUGUUUGUGUUCAUUUAUCCCAAAGCGCUAUAUGGUUACAUUUCUGGCUAUGUUUGGUUUCUUUAAUGCAUAUGCCUUGAGAGUAAAUCUGAGUGUAGCAAUGGUUGCCAUGGUGAAUAAUGUAACAAAGUUUGGACAUGGCCUUGAAACUGAGGAUGUUGCAGAAUUCAACUGGAAUACUAAUUUGCAAGGCUUGAUCCUUUCCUCAUUCUUCUUUGGUUACAUAACAACUCAAAUACCGGGUGGAUUUCUCGCUUCAAAAUACGGUGGGAAGAAUUUAUUUGGCGGCGGAAUACUUAUUGCCAGUAUUCUUACUAUGCUGACGCCAGUUGCUACGAGACGAAGUGUUUCUUGGCUUAUUGCAUUACGUGUCCUUGAAGGAAUAGCUCAGGGUGUAAUAUAUUCAUCAAAUCAUGCAGUUAUGAGUCGAUGGGCGCCAAUCUUAGAAAGAUCUAAAAUGGUGGCGUUGACUAAUUCAGGUUCUUUUAUUGGAACUGUAUUUGCGAUGCCAGUAUCUGGAAUAUUGGUAAAGAUGUAUGGCUGGCCUGCAGUCUUUUAUUUCUUCGGUUUUCUAGGGAUUUUAUGGAGUUUCUUGUGGUUCUUUAUGGUAACCAACUCUCCAAAUGAACACCAAAAAAUUAGCAAGAAAGAACUAAAUUAUAUUGAAAAGAGUUUGAAAGGUGAAAGUGAAACUUUGGAUUGCAAAGUUCCAUGGAAAUCGAUAUUACUUUCUACUCCUGUUUGGGCGAUCGUUGCUGCUCACUUUUGUCAAAACUGGGGUUACUAUACUUUGCUUACAACUCUACCAACAUAUAUGAAGGCUGUUCUUGGGAUUGAAUUACUCGCGACUGGUUUUUUGGCAGCUCUUCCCUACUUAGCUAUGACGGUGGUUCUCCAUUUCAGUGGAUUUACGUCCGACUUUAUAAUAGCAAAAAAAGUCUGUUCAACAACUUCUGUGAGAAAAGUCAGUGUUUGUACAGGUUUUCUAUUACAAGCCAUUUUCACAGCGGCAGUUGGUUACACAACCAGCAAAAAUAUAGCGGUGGUAUUUUUAACCCUUGGGGUCGGAAUCGGAGGUCUUAUAUGGUGUGGGUUCAGUGUAAAUAUGAUCGAUAUUGGACCAAGAUAUGCCGGAUUAUUGAUGGGAAUUUCAAACUGUGUUGCAACAUUGCCUGGUAUCAUAGGACCAUCGAUUGCAGGAGCUCUAACACCAAACGAGACUCUUGACGAAUGGAGAACCGUAUUCUAUAUUUCUGGUGGUGUUUCGCUUCUUGGUUGUAUUGCGUUUGGUAUUCUUGCAUCAGGUAAAAGACAAGAGUGGAAUGAGAACGAAUAUAAUAUGAUACCCACUUCGCCUGUUAACUCGCCGGAUUAAACAAUGAAUUAAAAAGAAAACCGUCUCUUUAAUUGUAUUGAAAAAAUAAAUAUUUCUGCGUAUGCUAUAAAUUAAAUGCAAUGCUAAAUGAAGAAUAUUCUUUGCAUAAUAUUCUCUGCAUAAUAUUCUCUGCAUUUAAUUUAUAGCAAACGCAGCAAUAUUUAUUUUUUCAAAAUAUAUGUAUAAAUUGUCUUAAUUGUGCAUGUGAAGGGUAUAAAAUCUAUAAAUAAAUGUUUUAAUGCAAAAAGAUGGAAUUAAAGUAUAUUAUUGCAUGUGCAAGAACUUAUCGAGGGAGAGAGGUCUUAUAACUUAUUCAAAAUGUAUGUUUGAGAGUUGAGACAACCAUUCAAAGCAAUGAGAAGAUAAACGAUGCAGAGCAAGAAAU